UCCGAGUGACGUUCGCGCGUGCGCACAACGUUGAGCUACGGAGGCUGUUAGGGGGACGGUGGUGUUUUGUGCGGCAGUACGCGCGAGUUGGGCUUAGCGGGGCGUCGGGAUGGCCUGAGGACGAGGGAUCGCGGAGCAGGCUGCCCGGGAGAGCGAGCCGCCGGGCCGGUUGUGUGGCCCUGUUCUUCUGGAUCGCUGUCUGCCUGGUUGCUGCCAUGAACUCCCUGGUCUUCCUCUGUGCUCAGAAGGUCGUCUCUGACCUUACUAUCCUGCAGGAUGCCCUGACCUUCCUCCCAAAGGAACUCUACCCUGUCUUGUUCAAGGCGGCCUUCAUGGACAAGAGGAACCUGUCCUUGCAACAGUUAGUGCAGACCUGGCCCUUUCCAGUCCUCAGUUUUCAGAAGCUCUUGCGAAAAUGUCAGCAUUGCGAACGUGCCCUGAUCCGGGAGAAACCCAACAAGUUUUGCAUCCAGAUGGUUAUUUCGGGAGUGGUGACAUACCUGAUUAAAAUGCUGGAGGAUCGACACCGCAAUAAGAGCAGCAAAGGGCAGUGUCUGCAAGUGCUAGACAUGACCGGCCUCCAGGAUGAAGGGCAGGGUCCUGAAAGUAUGAGCCUCUGGUCCAGGACGGUCACAUUGGCGAAGGCUUGCCUGGAUAUCUCCAAGCAGCAGAGCAAGAGCAUGAAACGGGCAUCCAAGAGGAGGAAAGGCCCCUACAACAACUCCGUGGCCCUUUCACCCUCGCAGCCUGUGUCCGUGGAUGUUUGGGUGGAUCUUUUUGUGAACAGCACCUCCUACGGAGUCUUGAAGGAUGCUUUGCAGAUCAACAGCAGCAAUGCUCUGCGGCUGAGGUGCCGGGACUUCCGGGCAGAGGAGCUCUCCAUCGCCAGUACCGUGGGGCUCCUGGAGUUUCUGGACCCGGUGGGGGUCCGGCAGGUGGAUCUGAGGUUCAACAACCUCGGUCUCUCUGGCUUGAGGGUGGUCCUCCCACACCUGGCCAAGUUCACCACUCUGGCGAGCCUGAAACUGCCCUAUAGCAACAUUGAUGUGAGACGCCUCACGGUGGGCAUGGAGGGGAGCCUGCAGUACUUUGCUACCCAGCUCAGUCGUCUGACCUGCCUCAAAGAGCUGAACCUGGGCUCCUCCCGGCUUUCCGGCAAGCUGAGACUGUUACUAAGCGAAUUGCAAAGCCCUUUAGAGAGCCUGGAGCUAGCCUUCUGUUACCUUUUGCCCAACGACCUGGCCUACCUUUCCCAAAGCCUCCACACCCCUGCCCUGAAGAAGUUGGACCUGAGUGGGAACAACCUCUCUGACUGCCUUCUCCAGCCUUUCCAAGGCCUGCUGAUGGAGGCUGCCCCUACUCUGCUCCACCUGGACAUCAUGGAGUGCCGCCUGAUGGACACCCACCUGAGCGUCCUCCUCCCUGCCCUCUGCCACUGUUCCCAGCUGCGCUACCUGGGCGUGUUUGGCAACCCCAUCUCGGCCAAAGGGCUGAAGAACCUCCUCCACAAGACGGUGGCUCUCUUGGACUUGCAGCUUGUCAUCUACCCCUACCCAGUGGACUGCUAUGGGGAGGACUUGCCGUGGCCCCCCACCUCCUCCAACCUUCUCAAUGGCUCUGUGGAUGAGGAGAAGUUCUCUCGGGUCAGCAACGAACUCCAGCAGAUGCUGCUGAGUGCAAACCGGGCAGAUGUCACCUGGACCACCAACCUCUGCCGCCACAAUAGCCUGGACUUUUUUAGUUUAUAGCUCUGUUGGCGUCUCUUGCCAACAGAGAGUGGAUGGGCCCUCCCCUCUCUCCUGCCGCCACUAUACUGUAGUGGGCCUGUCCUGGCCGCCAUGUCUGUCCUGGUACUUCUAAAACAAAAAAGAUGCACCUGGGAUACCCAAGUACAGCAGCUGUUGGAGGAGCUGCCUAUGCUCUACUUCUGGCACACAGAGAGUCCAGAGCCACCAAAGCCCAGCUCUGCUUUUUCUCCUUGCUUAGGAGUGGGAUGAAGUUCCCUUCGCAGCAUGCCCUUAACCUUAAAAGGACUGGUGGACAGGAUAGCUGCUUAACAUUCCUUCCAAUCCCUGGAAGCAGCAGUGACUGUGGAGGAGGGAACUAGCAGGCCAGUGGUCGCAGGAAGAGAGGAGCAGAUACCAUCUGCCAUGUUGUGGGAGCAAGUGGCGAAAUGUGCAUCUCUGUUAAAGACAAGGGCCAGCUUUGAAUGGCAGCCCAAAAAUACUCUGAGCCCUUUCUGGUGCAUGUAGGAAUACCUGGGGUUAGGGGUGGGUUUUUUGUUUUGUUUUGGGAGUUGGGUUUUUUUUUACAUCUAUUUUGUAACAUCUUAGCUAGAACUUUGCAAAGUGGAUAUCGCUGUCUUUCCUUCUGUGUGCUGCUGUGAGUGCCUGAGAUGGAGGCCAGUUAGGUGCUUGUAAAAGGAUUUGGUCUCUUUCGUAAAUAGACUUGAUGGCCAGAGGCAGUCUGUCGAUCUAGAAUCUGGAGGAAGAUCUAACCCUAGUAAGGACAGAAGGAAGGGGAGAUGAGAUUAUAUACAGAGAACUUUGGGCUGAAAUAAAAGAUGAUUCAUCUGAGAGCAACUGAGGUGCCUGGUGUCUGCUUAUGAAGAGGGUUCUCCUCAGACAAGCAGGGAGAGAAAGAGAGGAGUUCCAGUCUGUAGCAUCAUGACAUCUGCAGGAAGAAGGAGCUGUUGAAGCAGGGGGAAUUCUACCUUGGAGGGGCAGAUUUUGUUGAAUGGCUCUUGCAUCACUCUGGCAGCCUUUGCAAACCUGGUGCCCUCCAGAUGUUUUGGAUUACAACCCCCAUCAGCCCCAGCCAGCACAGCUGCACAGCUUCUACACACUUAAGUACCAAAGUCAGUCUAGGUGAGCCUGUGAGGGGCAUAUAUAUACAAAUCAUUUAUUUAUUGCAUUUAUUAGUUGUUUUCAAAAAAAUUGACCCCAAGUGACUUAGAAAAAGAGACGACAUUAAAACCAAGUGUUAAACCCACAAUAAAAUUACAUUUUAAAAACACAUCAUAGAUAUAUGGGUGAUCUAACAUAACCCACCCCACUAAAGCUUUUUUUUAAGAAACAUUUUUAAAGAUGUUUUGUUUUAAUGUGUGUUAAAGUUUUUAGUGCUUUUUUUAUAAAUAAAUAAUAAAAGAUGAAGAAAAGGAAGCCCAAAAUAUUCUUAAUGAUUCUUCAAACUAAGGUCUGAAAACAUUUUUGCCUGGUGCCUGCAAUUAGAUAACGAAGGUUGCCAGGUGUGCCGCCCUGGGAAGAACAUUCCACAAAUGGGGAGCCACCACUGAAAAGGCCGCUUCUCAUGUCACCACCUUCUGCACUUCUCUGCAGGGGGUCAUGGAGGAAGGCCUCAGAUGAUGAACUCUCUCUCUCUCUCUCUUUUCCCCUUCCCCUCUCUUCCCCCCCCCCGUGUGUGUGAGAGAAAUUGAGAUGAGACUGAGACUAGAGGAAUAAUGCAUACAUUGCCAUUUUUCAGAAAUCCAAUUAUAAAGUUACAUUGUCCCCUGCAGGGUGAUUUUUCUCUCCUUCCCCGCCAUCCUAUGUUCAGUGGUUCUUGCUGUCAGAGUGUUAGGUAAAUCAAAACCUUACUGAACGCAGGACUCCAGAGAAGAUGAACUGAUUUCAGGGCAACCGCCACCAGUCUUUGGAGCAGUAUGAAAAAGAGAGAAAUCUAAGCAAAUUGGGGAUGUGAAGUGGCAGGUUUACUCAUUUACACUUAGAAGUCUUGCAGUUGUUUUUGCAUGAAAAGAGCCUGGCUGCUGGAUCAGGCCAAAGGAGGCCCAUUGAAUCCAGCAUCCUGUUCUUGCUGUGGCAGGCCAAAUGCCUCUUCGUGGAAUCCUGCAAGCAGGACCUGAGUGCAAUAGCAACUCCCCCCACUUGCUGUUUCCAGCAACUGGGGUUUCAAGGCAUACUGCCUCCAGCAGUAGAGGUAGCCAUUGAUAGCCUUAGCCUCCACUUACUGUCUAAUCCUCUUUUAAAGCCACCCAAAUUGGUGGCCAUCACUGCGUCUUGUGAGAGCAAGUUCCACAGGUUAGCUAUGUGCUGUGUGAAGAUGUCAUUUCUUUUGUCUCUCCUGAACCUUCCAACAUUCAGCUUUAUUGAUAUACUGCCUGGCCAGCCGUGUUUGUCGGAUGGGGUACAUCAGGGGUAGGAAACCUCAGGCCAAUCUCUCUCUCUUUCCGGUCCUUGGGCUUCUCCCAGGGCACACCCCUAACCAUCCCUCCUUCAUGCCUUCUGCACAUCCUUUUGCCUGGCUGGGAUACAUAUCUCUGGACUGUGAUAAUGCCUCUGGAUUGCCUGGGUGGAGAGAUGGGUGUGUGUGCACGUAGAAACCUCGGACUCUGUGGCUGUGAUGUAAGAGCCCAUCCAUUGCUCCAUUUUGUGCCUCUGGCUCCACGCAGCACACUGAUGUAUGGCUCUCAAAAGAUUGUCCACGAGGGAAUGUGCCCUCGGGCGAAAAGGUUUCCCACCCCUGCUAAACAUAAACAAUAAAAUACAG